AUGGCGACGCCUAAAUGGUACAUGAGACCACCCAACCGGGAACCACUUGAUGUGCUGAGACGAAUCUACGAACGGGGAUUUCGAACGAUUGUGGUGACAAUGGAAUACUUCUAUCUGGAAUUACCCGCUAUUGCCGAUGCCGCGGAGGCACUGGGCAUGAACGACGGGGAGUACGUGUGGGUUUUCACUGCAACCUUUGAAAUGGAGGCCAUUUACCAUCUACAGCAAAUGUCAUCCGAAGAGUUGAAGAAACUAGGAUUGGAUUCCUUUGCCAAUGUCACCAAGCUUCUAGCAGGUUCGGCCCUGAUACAACCUGUGGAACCGCACCAGUAUCGUGGACAAGAUUCGGAUCCUUUUUGGCAUCACUGGCACAACCAAAACAUAUCCUUUGUGGAACGCCUCAAUGAACUCUAUGUCAACAAUACGCAUCACUACGACGACAACAUGAUGGAUAAACCUGCCGAAGAAGAUUUCUUUCAAACCCACAGACCUCAGACUGGAACCGCAUAUUUGUACGAUGCUGUCAUGGCGAUUGGAAUUGGAGCCUGUGCGGCCCAGCAGGAGGCCGGUGGCAGUGCCGUAGAAGGAGCAAGACAUCUCAAGGGUAUUCAAAAGGCCAACUUUUCGGGUGCCACUGGAAUGGUCGCCUUUGAUUUCACUAGAGGCUUUCGGAAUACACGCUACGCCGAGACUACCACCUUGGGAGUCUUCAACUUGUAUCCUCCUGGACAAGAUGACCCAGGUAACAACAACCACGACAUGGCUAGUCGAAGCUUUGACGAAGCGUUCGUGUUGACCGAGACAAUCCAGGCGAUAACAGGGCCUGGGGGACAAGAAAAGAUUUACGGCCAACGAAAGAAUGCAACGUGGACGCAAGUGGGACCAGAGUUCGUCUUUGCCAGUGGCAAAACUACACCUCCGCUUUUGCUCAGGGAUCUGCCCGAACAAAACUACCUAUCCAAAAGCUUGCACACCACGGGCCUUACUCUCAUGUCUAUUGCCUUGCUACGGUUGGACCGUGGAGCAGCUGGACAAGGCAUGUAUGGCAAUCCCUUGGCUGUUCGCGAUGGGAUUUAUCAUCACUUACGGAGCUUGUUCGCAAAGCUUUGGAGGAUACACAAAGUCUUGCAGUUCCGACGGCGCAAAAUUGAUGCGAACCAUGUUGCUGGCCCAAUGUUUGUCCUGCUUGCAAUGGCCAUUAUCCUUCUCACUGUGUGGACAAUUGACCAUCCCGUAACGUGGGAGAGGGUGGAAGUGAACGAGAUCACAGGAGAGAGCAUUGGGCAAUGCUCUUUUGGAGACAAUAGAAUCGCCGCGGGUCUUUUGGCGUCGUUGAAACUCUGCACUGCGGCCCUAACAUGUCUGAUGGCUUGGAAAACAAGAGACAUUGAAGAUAUCUAUUCCGAAUCAUCCUGGAUCUUUACUUUGCUUGUUUUGCACGUCCAAAUCGUUGCCCUUGGAAUUCCUAUUGGAGUUAUCCUCUACAACGUAUCAACGGAUGGAUUCUAUCUUGGCCUGACAAUGAUGUUUUGGUCGUUCCCAAUCACAGUGUUUGGUUUGCUUAUGGUUCCAAAAAUGGUAUUGCACUACCGAGGCGACCUGGGUCCCACGGUGAAGAGGGGUGGUAGCAGAGGCGUUCAAGUAUCGGGCGUAUCAGUGGCUGCAGCUUCGCACGAGACGAAUACCAGCCUGGGAAUGGGUGACCUUACACAUGGAAGUUCGCAGCCCCACGCAAGCAGAAACUCCUCGAUGUGCAGAUCGUCCGUGAUGGACAUUGUCUUCAACAGAAGCAGUCCCAACGUUCAACGGGCAACUGGCAAUUUGGUGCAGCAGGGCAGCGAAGACGACAACGAGGACCCUUCCUUUGAUGGUGAUCAUCAAAAGACAACAGAAAAGGAGGGUGAUGAACCUUCAUGUCAUGGAGAUCAAUGA